AGGUGCUUCUGGAAAUAAGAUUUCGGUUUACAGAAUAAAACCACGCUGGAUGAACGACAGUCUUUAUUUGGAAUGAUUUCUGGUAUGACAGCCAUUGGUACUCUAGCCGCCAUCGCCAUCGACCGCUACAUCAUUAUAUCCCGUUCGUUCCAUGGUCAGAAUCUAACAGGUGUCUCUGCGUCAGUCACGAUCGCCCUCAUCUGGGUGUACUCCCUGUCACAAGCUGUGCCACCGCUAUUCGGCUGGAACAGAUACGUUGUAGAACACCCCGGCAUCGCAUGUUCUUUGGACUGGCAGACUCCAGACGUAACACAUACGUCCUUCAUAGUUUAUAUAUUCGUCCUUGGGUACGUCUUGCCUGUUCUUAUCAUGAGCUUCUGUUACUGGAAAGUGAUAUGGAUUAUCAAGCGCUCCCCCAAGCCAACCGGUCGCAGCUCUACAGCGAAAGCCGAGCAGAAAGUCACCAUCAUGGCCACCAUGAUGCUGGUAUGCACCCUCGCAGCCUGGACACCAUACGCCGUCGUCUCUCUCAUGGUCUCCCUAGGAUAUGACCACCUGCUGGGACCAGUUUCAUCUGUCUGUCCAGCCAUUUUUGCCAAGACCAGCGUAGUUUACAACCCCAUCGUCUACUUCUUCUUCAAUACACAAAUACGUGAAGCUAUAUUGGCGAAAAUUCCAAAGAGAUUCAAAAGGAGAAGCACCGAAUCAGGUGCCGAAAUCAGCCUGGAGACAAAAAGAGGCCUCACCAUCGUCAACACUGUGAUAUCGAACCAUGUGAUGGCCAACUGCAACGAGAGCGCCACCACUCUCAAUCUUUGAAAACAUGAAUUGCAACGCACAACGCUAAUAGCAAUGGAGAUUUUUUGAGAACUUAUGAUGUAUUUAUUCAUAAAUCUCAGACAAGAAUUAUUUGAGUACAUGUACUUAAAUUUUAAUUUUUAACCUUCUUCAAGGACUUACUUGAGAAUAUCGGUAUAUUUUGCAUCGAUGUGGU